AUGUCCGACCCAGCAAAGUACACUGUGGGCUGGAUAUGCGCGAUCAAAACCGAGUUUGUCGCCGCACAAUCGUUCCUAGAGAAGAAGCAUGAACCUCCCUCCUUCGUCGCCGCGCACGACAACAACAGCUACAAGCUCGGUCAAAUCGGGAAUCACAAUGUGGUUAUUGCAGUGCUACCUGAUGGCGAGUAUGGCACUAGCUCGGCAACGGCAGUUGCGCGGGACAUGCUUCAUACUUUUACCAACAUCAGAAUCGGACUUAUGGUGGGCAUUGGCGGCGGUGCUCCUACGUCGAAGAACGACAUCCGGCUUGGCGACGUCGUCGUCAGCUCUCCGAAGAACGGCAACAGCGGUGUCUUUCAAUACGACUUCGGCAAGACAAUCCAAGAGCAAGCUUUCCAGCAUACAAAGCACUUGGACCAACCCCCUACUUUCGUGAGGACAGCGGUUACGAGCCUACAAGCUGAUCACGAAUCAGAAGGCCAUAACCUUCGAGACAUCAUUGAUGGGAUCCUCGACAAGAACAGGAGACUGAAGAAGUACAAGCGUCCAGAGCCUGGAACCGAUGUUCUUUAUCGUUCUAACGCUAUCCACCCCGUCGGCGUCAACGACUGCCAAUCUGAGUGCGGUACAAACCCAAACAAGAUUGUCCCUCGCAAGCGUAGGGACGAGGACGAAGACGAUGACCCAGCCAUACACUAUGGCCUCAUCGCAUCCGCAAACCAGCUUAUGAAGGAUGCCACUAUCCGCGACCGUCUCGCAGCUGAGAAGGCCGUUCUUUGCUUUGAGAUGGAAGCUGCUGGCCUGAUGAACCACUUUCCUUGCUUGGUGAUUCGGGGCGUCUGCGACUAUUCCGACACUCAUAAGAAUGACAUUUGGCGUGGCUACGCUGCAAUGACAGCUGCAGCUUACGCGGCUGAGCUUUUGCGGCGCAUACCUCAGAACAAGAUUGAGGCAGAGAGGAAGAUCGUCGAUGCAAUUGAAUCAGGUUAG